GUGACAGUUCCUUAUGCUGGCAGCUGUAUAUGUCAUCUAACGCCUGGACGCAAAUCACUGGAAACAAAGAACCAAAAAAGUAUAUUCUGUUACAGCUUACGGUGGUUCAAGCAUGUUGGAGUAGUGUAUUUUCGCUGUUCGACACACACUGGAACUCGGAUUUGCUGUUUACAGUAUUUGGUUUCGGAGAACAGGCUUAUUGAACGGGUUCUAUCUCAAAUACUUAUAUGUGCAGGAAUUCAUGCUGUCUUAAUGAAGGUUUCGCAUGCCAGCAGCAGACUCCAUGCCGCGCGUGAUUCCCGCCAAAGAGAUUAGCAGCGCCUGCAGACGACAGCGUGUGCAUGGUAAAAAGCUGAAUUUAGACACUCUUCGGUGAAUGUUAUAGAAAAGCAUACAGUUACGAUGAUUGUCCUAUUUAUGACUUCGCUCCUCGGAAAUAAAUGUACGCCUUCCUCUGCCAGUAGUAACACUGAAGCUAGUGUGCAGUUUGACCUGAAUCUGAGGAUUUAGCGCGCGGUACACGAAUCAGUGUUGAAAGCAACGAGUCGACGAGUGCACCAACAGAAUGAAGUAACAUACCAGCAGUUGUACUGUAUCAUCAGUAUAUACCCAGUGUGUCUCGGGGAUUAUCGUUUUCGUUUCGACGCCAAAAAGGAUUAUCUUACAGAUAAAGAAUACCUAAGAGUGUAUAUAUUUACCAGGAAUCGUCAUAUGCAAUGCAUAAUUGAAGCAUUAUACGGCAUGGGAAUUAAAGCUUUCCUACAAAUUCAACGUGUCGCUUAGUGGUACGGUUCCUAACUGGAAAGCUGUAAUAUUUUGUGUUAAUAAUUUAAUACAGUUACUGGCAUUUUGAAAGCUUGUAUAUGAAUUUAACAUCAAAGAGGAUUUUAACUUACUGCAGAAGUAACAAAAUAUCUGUACUUGCUUGAAAUGGUUACAAGACUGUUUAGAUUUUAUAACAAGUUGCACAAAACUUUAUAAAACCGUGUAUCUCGUUGUUGGUAGUGUUACCACUACAGCUGUGUGCGUGAGCGCGCGCUAAGGUUCGUCACCCGUGAAUAAUUACCUCCAAGUGCAGUUCAAGUAAUUCCCUUCUCACCAACGACAAUGGCUGUUACAAGCCUGAAUGGGACGGAGCAGACGAUAUCAGCCUUUGUGCAAGAUAUCAUCAGAUACGCUCGUCAAAAGGUCGAGGACGGUGAAGAGGAUAUAAACAAUAUCGAAGAAGGAAGUGCUGAAUCACGAGACGACUUGACCACUUCCGGUCAUCUCUGCAACGGUGACGCCACCGAAGAGGAGAUACAGGAUAAAGGUGAACAAGCACAUCCCCCAACUGACCCUAUCGAUGUUAUUACUGACGAAAUCCAUAAGGAGGUCAGCGACGUCAAUGUCGACAAAGCCGAACCAGAACGUUUAGACUCCGUCGACUCGGAACAACUCGUUGCGCCACGAGCGGAAGUGGAACAGUUUAUAGCGCCACAAGCGGAAGUUGACGUCACAGACCUCGAUGAUCCCGAUUUUAUCGAAAGUCAGGACCAAAAAGAGGCUGAAGUUUCCGAUACAAUCAAUAUAACGACAAAUGACAACGACAAUGAUGAUGCGAUACUGGUAGUCCACCCGAAUGGCAAAACACAGACCGUUGUUGAUUACGUCAAUGACAUCAUCGACGCAGCUCGUAAGCGCGCGGCCGAGGAGACGAUUGAGGUCAUCGAUGACAAAUCGAAAUCAAAGAAAGAAAAGAAAAAGUCCGGAGAUUCAGGAAGGAAAGGAUCUCGACGAGGUUCCGGUCGGUCAGGCGCAGUUAGAGAACUCAUAUCGAGGCUCUUCCGGCGGGAAGACAUGGACACCCCGGCAGAAGGUAGUAACGGUAUUGGACACUCACCAGUCGACAAGGAGACAUCGGACAAACCGUCACCAGAUAAAACGAAACCAAAGCAGAAUAAAUCCCAUAGACGACCUCAUUUUAAAAAUCUUUUGUUUCAAAAGAAAAAAAAGUAUCAAGUUUCAACCGAGGCUCUUGCCACGGACGAAAAUUCAAGGGACAAAAUCAAGAAGAGACAAAAAGUUAGCCGAGCUAAUAGUUUCGGAAAAUCUCUCAGAAACAUUCUGUCCUGUUCAUCGUCCGUUACAACAGUGUAGACGUCUCAUCGUCCGUUACAACAGUGCUUAUGUGUUAACAUCAAACAAAUUUUGUAUUUUCUCACAGUUAUUUGCAUUUAAAACAAACCUAGUGUCAAUUCAGAUUAGUCAUUUUACGCUUGAAUUACCCAAAAUCCUAGCCGAGCAUGCGCCGUUUCCAUGGAGUAAAAUUUCGAACCUAUGUCAGCAUUUGCGUUUCAGAUGUUUCGUCUUGUGGACCAAAAGAGGUAACCUUGUGUUAGAUAGUCAGUGCCACAAAAUGAACUAAAUGCAGAUAUUUUCAAGUUCGUUUUGAAUUUAUAGUGAAUAUACCUAAUAUGUGAGAACACACGUCAAAUUGUGUCUCGUCAUAAUUUCUUUGGAAAAAAGGCAAAAAAAGGAUAUGGUGAGUCGUAAAUAUGAAAACAUUCUCAAGCAGGAAGUACGAACGAACUUGUGGAUAAACUAUUAAAUUCUCAAGGGUACAUGAAAAAAUCUAACAGAUACUAAAUAUAAGCAGUGAACUUUUAAAAAAAAUCUCUGGUUUCAUAUUCUUUUAAUGUGAUUGCAAUAAUGUAAAUAAUGUACAUGUAACAUGGUCAGUGUUAUUUAUCACAAUUUAGGUGUAAAAGGAAAGAAACGACUGUGAGGAAUUUAUUACUUGUCGAUCGUAAACAGCGAGCAUUCCCUGUGAAACUUGUUUAAUAGUUUAUAAAAAGUAAAUGUGAACUCAGAAAUUGGUUUCACUUUUUCUGCUACUGGGAUACGCUUAUGGCCCCUGUAAAAUAUGUCGCCGUUAUCCUGUGUGUGUGUGUGUGUAAAUAUAUAUUUGUAUUUCUAAUGAAUGAGUUCAAAAAUCUCUAUUUUUGUAACAAUAUAAUUGUACAGAAGUCACCGAAGAUGUUUUCAUAUAAAAUUGGUAUACGGAAAUUGCCGAAGAUCUUGUUCGUAUAACCGAGAUUUAUCGAAGAGCUGUUACGUACGAAAGGUUAAAAUUGAUAGUGAAUAGGCCUUAAAAACCACAAUUGAAUCAGUUCAAGUUGCAGGAAUAAAGUGAGGUUUUUUUUAAUCUUCAAAAACGAAAAUGAUAUAUUCAGGCAAAAAUAUAUCACUUUAUUAAAUCUGCUGCCUGCGGUUUUAUAGUUGUAAUUCCUCUAAAAUUAUUUGUAUUUCACGAAAUCAAUUUUUUAAAUAUUUAUGAAUAAGUACGAUGUAAAAUUAAUAUGACUAAAGAAUUGUCAACUUAUUUCUUUAAGUUAAUUCCUUUAUGAAAUCUUUCUUUUAUUAUAUAUAGGGGAAAAAGACAAUUUUCAUACCUUUUAUACAAAAAUCGAGAAAAAAUAUCUAUA